CGCACCGCGCAGACAGAGAGGCGGACGCGGCGGCUUACAAUCGAGGAGGAAACGCGGCACGGCUCGGCACGCCUGAAGAAGUCGGUGUACCGCUGUUUGUCCCGACCGUUAGCUAGCCGUUGCACGCUUCUACCUCGCUCUCGGAUAUAACCGACAUACGCACGCACGCACACACCCGGAGAACCGCGGAGAGGUGGAGCAUUAUGGCGACGUUGGGACCGGAGUCGGCUCGUCCUCCUCCUCACUCCCCGUCGAUCCAGUCGCACAUCGGCAGCGCUAACCUGCCUCCUAACCGGGGCUUGGAGCGGGCGCUAGAGGAGGCGGCGGCCAGCGGCGCCCUCAACCUCAGCUCCAGAAAACUAAAGGAGUUCCCCCGGACAGCCGCCAACCACGACCUGACGGACACGGUGGACGCAGACCUCUCAAAGAACAGACUGGCCGACGUCCCCUCAGAGGUGUGUCACCUGGUCGCUUUGGAGACGUUGAGUCUGUAUCACAACUGCAUCAGGACCAUCCCAGACAGCAUCAUCGGCCUGCAGUCACUCACCUCCUUAAACCUCAGUCGUAACCAGCUGGGUUUUCUGCCGGCCUGUCUGUGCGGUUUACCUCUGAGAGUCCUCAACGCCAGCAACAACAAGCUGGUCAGCCUGCCAGAGACCAUCGGACAGCUGCACGGCCUCAUGGAGCUGGACAUCAGCUGCAACGAGAUCACGGCUCUUCCUCGCCACAUCAGUAGACUCAAAGCUUUACGGGAACUAAACGUUCGCCGAAACCUUCUCUGCGUUCUGCCAGAAGACUUGGCUGCCCUUCCUCUGGUGAAGUUUGACUUCUCCUGUAACAAGGUGUCGACCAUCCCGGUGUGUUACAGGAAGAUGAAACAGCUCCAGUGCCUCCAGUUAGAAAACAACCCCCUUCAAAGUCCACCUGCACAGAUCUGUAUAAAAGGAAAAGUUCACAUAUUCAAGUAUCUGAGCAUCGAGGCGUGUCGCAGUGAGAAGAUGCCCGACUCUCUGUACCUGCCUGUCAUAGAGCGACUCAGCCUAUCACGGCCCACCACCGGCAGUGUGGAGGACAUGGAGCAGCAGAAGAAGCAGGAUAGCGACUCAGGAGUCGGCAGCGACAACGGAGACAAGAGGCUGUCUGCUACUGAGCCGUCAGAUGAAGACAGUCUGAGUCUCAACAUACCGAUGAGCCACAUCACAGAGGAGGAGGGAAUCAGUAAAGACGACUCGAGUGAACACAUCAGCUCCCUGACAGCAGACCCAAACUCCGACUCAGUCCGUCUGAUUGAGGAGAGCCCUACGGAAGCCCUGAAGGACCAGUUCAGCUACAGAGACUCUGCUCUCAGCACUCGCUUCGUCAACUACAUCAAGGGUCGGACAGCAGCAGACUUCGACGAGCCCCUCCGGAUAGAGGAAGACUCGCACUGGCCAACACAACAAAUGUCAAAGGUAAAAGGGGGCACAGAGCUCCACAUUGACAUGAUCAACCAGCUGAAGGAGGCUGUGGAGCUGCUGCAGGACCCCAGCAGAGUGAACACAGAGCAGGACGAUCUGUCUGGAGUUCAGCUCUACCCGGUGGAGAUGGUCACAGUGGAAGAGUCACUCAAUGGGCAGGACAGCGAUGACGGCAUCACCACACCGAAGCGACAUGACAUAUCUCCAGCCAGCGGACCUCCAGCCUUCUCCAGCCCGGUGUUUGGACUGAAGCCCCGUUCAGCUCCGCCCUCGCUGCCCUGCUCGCCACCUCCUUCCUGUCUCGCCCCCUCCCUCCUCUCACAGGCCUCGCCCUGCCAUAGAGACACGCCUCGUAGCCAUGAUGACGGAGGCAUGCACAGCCGCGUGUUCCUGCGGAGCCACAAGAGUCUGGAGUCUGUUGAUCCUCAGUUCACCAUGAGAAGAAAGAUGGAGCAGCUGCGAGAGGAGCUGGAGCUCACGGAGAUACUGCGAGACAGCAUCGAGAGCAGACUGAAGGUUGUCCUCCCUGAAGACCUUGGAUCGUCUCUGAUGGACGGCGUCGUGCUCUGCCAUCUGGCCAAUCACAUUCGCCCGCGCUCUGUCGGCAGCAUCCACGUCCCCUCGCCUGCAGUGCCCAAACUCAGCAUGGCCAAGUGUCGGAGAAAUGUGGAGAACUUCCUGGAUGCCUGCAGAAAGAUUGGUCUGUCAGAGGACAAACUGUGUCUUCCUCACCACAUCCUGGAGGAGAAAGGCCUGGGGAAGCUGUGCAUCACGGUGGCGGCUCUGGUGGACGAUGUGUUCCCCAAACACUCCCUCCUGACGUGAGAGACGGGUGGAGCUUCACCUGACUGACACGUACAACAAACGCACACCUGGAUCAAAACCUCACUUUAAGCUGCAGCACGUGCCUCUGUGGUCAUUCUGCAUCCCUCUCAGUAACACGGUGAUUUUAUUAGAUGCAAGGAUGCAAAAUGGUGUUAAGGGAACUAAAGAUUUAUCUGCUAAUUCAUGGGAGGGAACGUCUGGGUGGAGUCAGUUUGAAGCCACACAGAUGGUGGAAGAGCCAACAUGCACCAGCAUUCCACUGGUUCCAGGUGAUUCUCACCGUAAAUAUUUGGUUUUGUGUUAGUGUUAGGCGGGAGGUGUGUCAACUGAAGGGCAUGAAUACAACUCUAGGAUUCAAAAAAAUACACUGGUUGUACCUAAAAAUAUUACAAAGUAUUAGCGCCACAUUGAAUUCACUUAUUGCUUUUAAGAAAAAAAGUAAGAAUAUUACAAGAUGAAGUCAUAAUUCUACUACAUAAAACAUUUUUUUAAAUAUUGAGAUUUUUUAAUUUAAUUAGAAAACAUUUAUUUCGAGAAUAAAGAAGUAGUAUAACCUGUGUUUGGGGGAAAAGGAAGAUUUCAGCUAUUUUGAGAUUCAGUUGUAAUUUUAUUCAACAAAGUCAUAAUAUUCAUAUUACAAGAUGUGGCUUUAUUCUUGUAAAAUUAUGACUUUCCCCCUUGAAAAGUAUGAUUUUUGCUAUUCUGUAACAAUGACUUUAUUCUCAUAUUAUUUUCAUAAAAAAUUGGGAUUUCAUUUUUAAAAAUCUGAGAUUUUGUUUUCCUCACAACCGUGGCCCUAAAACUCUGUUGUACAAAAUUAGGUGCAAAAAAAGUUAUUUAAUUAGAAAUUAGAUUUAGAGUUUGUGGAGCUUCCAAUCUGAAACACUCCGCCUGCCGCAGCAGCACCAGCUUCACCUGUUGAUGUCACGCAAACCAUCAGUUGUCUCCAGAUCAAAGAUCUUUUGUACUGAGGGUUUAGGUGAAGUCUAACUGGACUGAGUGAGUAAAACCAAAAUGUUAUAGUUUUAACAUAGGAGGCAACUUUUAACCACAAUUUGUAUUUAAACAUAAAGAUAUUUAUAAUAUAAGGAGAAGCUGAGAUACAUUGUUUGAGUUGUUGUACACUUUCAAAAACAAAUAUGCCAAAAAAUAUUUUUCGCUAAUAUAUUUUAGGUAUGAUUUUUGUCUGUUUUCUAAAAGUUUUGCUGACUUUGUGUGGAGCUCUCUGCAUGUCCCUGAACCAGGUCUGAGUCUGUUAAUGUGCCACUGUGGGACACGAAAUCUGUGUUUAUCAAGCAUCUCUGAUGGAUUCUCACAUGUCCAGGUAUUUUUUAUUUUUUAUUUGCUCUUUUCUUUUCUACGUGUUGUUAAUCUGUGUUCACUGACGGCAUUUCAAGGAUUUUCUUUUAGUGAAACUACUUCAGCAGUUGUUUAUUUGUGAUGAGAGACACAACGUCUUCACGUCACAAAACACUCCUCGUGUCUGCAUCUUCAGGCUGAAACCCCACAUCAUCUUGAUUUAUGUGUAAAUAUUGAUCAGCUUCCAUACAGCGAGGCACUUGAUGAAUAUCAGAGUCGUGUAUUCGAUUUUCAUAUUUCAGGAUGCGGCCGGUGCAGCGUCGGAUCAACCAACUGUCUGCGUUAGUUAGGAUAUCUUAAAAACUCUUUUUGAAACAAUUUGAGUCUAAAAGAAAAAACCCGAAGCAAUAAUUACAAAAUAUAAAGUUAAUAUCGUAGUGAAAUGUUCCUCACGCUGUGUUUUUUUCUAACCGUCUGUGUGAGUUCGUCCAAACCUCUGAGCUUCAGGCCGGAGCUGCUGCGUGAGAUCAGAGAUUCUGUGACUCAGUCGGUUUGGGUUUACUACACUCUUGAUGCUUCAUUGCACCGCCUGCUACGUCGACAGUAUUUCUGUGCGUGUGUGUGUUUGUGUGUACAAAUGAGUUGCUAGUCGGCAUGAAUCCUGUGGUUCUGCAGAUCAUACUAGACACAAAGAGCUUUUGAGGGGGCAGUAAGUAAUAGUUGAACAAACGGCACAACUCACUGUUAUCUUCUCUCCUGAACAACUGCAGCAGCUGAAGAUGUUUCAUACAGAAACCUCUGAAGCUGGUUUGGUCUUUCUUUGAUCUGCAUUCAUUGAUUUUGACCACUAGGGGAAAGUAAACGCCCUUUAAAAGUGAGAAUGACUACAUUUUCUCCCGUUUACCUUCAUCUUCAGACUGACUUUUGAUUUGAGUAUGAAGGCUUGUUGAUUCAUAAUUCAUAAAUAGUAUUUUAUCAGAACUUAUCAGAACUAAGGCACAUUCACCAAUGGAGCUAGAGAAUCUGGAACUUGUAAUAUAUUUCCUAAAAUAUUGAUCUUAUAUAUUUCUAGAGCUUAAAACAACCCUGCAUGUCUCCUGCUUUAUUUGGUAUCUUUGACACACGAUUAAUAUUACAUAUUUCCUCGUUCCGGAUGACGUAGCCACUGGCACAUUACAAGAGCAGGCUCUAAUAAUAAUGAUCACCGGCGGAGUUAGUAUUUUAUUUUUAUGUUACUAUUAUUAUUUAGUUGGAAUUUGAUUAUUGACUUCUCAAAGUGCUACUACUCCAAUACUAAUACCACACUGAAAAUACUACACAUUUCAAAUGUAAAUAAUACAUUUGGUGUCUAAAUUAUACUGAUUCUAUCUUCUUUUUGUUAUUGAAGGAAAGAAGAAGUACAUCAAUAUCAUACUCAUUCCAAACUUGUGAACGGUUGUGACCGUUGAGCGUAUGUGAUAUUGAGAAAUAAACCCUGUCAUAACGAUGACUCUGGAUUUACAUACUGCCCCUUCACAACCUCUGGGCAGGUCUGGGAUCACGUCGUGUUUCUCCUGAAUGCCAGAAUAAAACCACAGUAAGUGUCUUGACACUCUUGAACCAGCAGGCUUGUAUGAAUGAGUGAUUAAGAGUCUUUGUUUCUGUACAUAUGAUGCAGCUUGCUAUCCAAAGCUCGAGCUGCAUAAAGAUUCAGCAGCAAGAAAAAAAUAUUAAAAUAAAUGUUUCCACUGGAUCGAUUUGAACAGUUGCCAAAACAAACAUUUACUCUUGUGAUAAAAGUAAAUGAUUUUAUUUAAAUGUACGAUAGCCUGUGUACAUAUUAUUUAUCACAAGGAGUUCCUAUUGUUGAAUUAAUGUAUUGAAACAAUUAGUGAUUAGUUAUGUAUUUCCUCAUGUACUGUAUAUUUCAACUGAAAACACUUUAACAUCUGAUCAAUCCACAAUAUCACAGAUAUGAUUAAACGAUACAUAAACGUUGACGUAUUUCUACACUAUGGUCAGCUUGGUGAAGUAAUGACACAGAUUGUUUCAUAUACAUUAUGUCAGAUAUUAUCUGAUGACAGUUAGUUUUGCCUCGUGGUAAAACAUGUAAAAGUCUUCCUAAUAUUUCUUACAUGAUUUUAAAUCAUUUUGAUUUACUUCAAAGUGCUGAAAACCGUCUAAAAGAGAUCAGGAUUAUAAUGUCAAAGGAUAUGGAUGCUUUUAGGAAAUACAAAUUAUUUCCAUUUGCAUGUUAGUAAUGAACAUUUCUUCAUAUUUCAUAUCCACGGUUUUGUACUCGCCACAUCAUCACAGUCGUUUGGGGGGGAAAAGCAAUAAAACCAAACCGGCUGCUUCCCAGACAGAAUCUGCACUUUAAACUUCUAUAUUUAUAUAUCUUUGUUUUGGCAACUGAGAAAAUCUUGAAUCGCUUUUAAUCUGAAACGAGAGAAUUAAAAAAUGUGACGCUGGUGUAAAUUGUGUAAAUGUGGUGAAUCAGACCUGCUGAAGCAGUGUUGUUUUUAAUGUCUCUUAUUUUGUAUAUAAAUAUUGUCCAGAAAACAGCCUGUACUCACAUUUUUGUACUUUUCUGACUGGGAGGAAAUUUAUUUUUUAUGUGACUUUGAUGUAACAUACCCUUUUGUAACUCUUUGUGAACCUUUUCUGUAAUUUGUUGUACAGCAACUCAAAUUUAAAUGCAUGAAUUGUCCCUUUAAUGUCGCCUUAACUGCUGUGAAUACUGUAUAUAAUGCACUGUAUUUCUCAUCACUAUCAGUAAAGACCUCAAUUGUCUAAA